UAGAAGCUAUAACAAAAAUUUUGGAACAUUUUUUCUAAUCCUCUUGUAAUUUAGUCUUCUUUGCUGUCUUUUUUAUUUAAGUUUUUAUAUAAUUUAUAUAUUUAUCAGAUGCCCUUGGUCAUGGAGAGAGGGGAAGUAUCUCAUAGAUUAGAAUAUUCACAUGUAUGGGAGACAGAAUAUUUAUAUUCCUGCAGUUGUUUGAGGAUGCUGAAAUGUAAUUUUUCGUAAUAUAUGUGCAUAGUUAGACCAAAUGUAUGCCAGGACUGGGAGUAUGCAAUCGGUGGUAACUUAUGGAAGAUUUUUAACAAGAGCUUUAUUGAACGGUGUGUAUAACUACACUACUUCUUCAGAAGUCGGCUGCGUCGUACGCAAUAGUACUUGUAGUACGAAAAGAGAACGAGAUAUACGAUUAUUAACUGCUUCGUGUGGAUUUCCGAAAGAUUGGUCUGGGUUUUCAGCCUCACUUUUACGAAAAGGACAGUUUGGAGAUGAUGCUUGUUUUAUUGCAAAAUACAAAGCAUCCGAUGUAUUAGGUGUUGCUGAUGGAGUAGGAGGAUGGAGGACCUAUGGAAUUGAUCCUUCAUUGUUUUCAUAUUCUUUGAUGGAAAUUUGUGAAAGAUUGGUCAGCACAGGACAUUUUAAUCCACAGUGUCCAGCAGGAAUUAUUGCAACUAGCUACUAUGAACUUUUGGAAAGCAAACAACAAAUUUUAGGUAGUAGCACAGCAUGCGUUAUAAUAUUGAACAGAACAGACCACACUGUAUACACUGCUAACAUAGGAGACAGUGGAUUCUUAGUUGUUCGACAAGGUCGGAUCAUCCAUCGAUCAGAAGAACAGACACAUUACUUCAACACUCCAUUUCAGUUAUCUCUUUCUCCUCCAAGUGUGACAGGACAAGUUUUAAGUGAUAGCCCAGAAUCAGCUGAUACUUCAUCAUUUCAAGUUCAAGAAGGUGAUUUGAUUCUUGUAGCCACUGAUGGACUCUUUGACAACUUACCAGAAAACAUGAUAUUAAGAGAACUUUCUAAGCUAAGGGAUCAAGAAAUGGGGAACGUUCAGCAGGUAGUCAACUCUCUGGCACUACAAGCAAGAAGAUUAGCCUUUGAUGCUACUUACCUUUCUCCAUUUGCUCUUCGUGCCAGAGAAAAUGGCAUUGAUGCUGUGGGUGGUAAACCUGAUGAUAUCACCAUACUGCUGGCAUCUGUAGGUGGAAGAAACAACUUGGACCUCCAAACUGUUGUAGCCCAAAGCAGCACAGUGAUUUUAAAACCUGUCGUUGUUGCAUCCAGUCACAGUGAAUUGAAUCAUCUUGUUAAAAGCUGGACCUAUGAAGAUGAAGUGCAAUGAUUUUAAUACCAACACUUGUUUGCUUAUGUUUCAAGUAAAGUAACCUAAUAUUACCAUACAAUUAUGAUAGUUUACAUAAACUGAAUUAAUGCUUGUUAAAAACAUACAGAAUUUAAAUUUUAUUGAGGUUUGAUGAUCUGUGCUAGAAAUUGUAAUAAUUUUAAUAGCAGUAUUUAAAAGCAAGCUUGCCAUUUAUAACUUUUGCCAUUUAUGUAACCAAAGUUCUUAGCUAUGUUGUAGAACAUAGAUACUUAUUAUGGUAAAGUUAAAAACAGGACCCAUUUUAGUAGAGAAAUGUGAAAUUCAUGUCUAAAGCACUUGUUUUGUCAGUUUCAUUUCAUCUGUUAAAGUUAAGAACUGAAAAUGUAAUUAUAUUAUUUGUAGAGUAGAUUAUAUAAAUAUAUGUUACAGGAAAGAAGUAAACAUUAUACAAAUAAAAUGGUUUUAUUUAUGCAAGGGUAAGAUGCAACUUUUAGCUUAUAAAUACAUUUAUUUCACAUUUUGCAUUUAAUAAAAUGGUUUCACUUCAGUAGAACUGAAUAAAAACCCUAUAACCUGAGUGCUUUCAAAAGGUGGACCUUUCUUCUUCAGGGGCAAACUUCAGUAUAUAUCUUUUGUUCAAAUUCACCCUUAAUCAAUAUGUGAAAAAAUGUUUUCAGUUCUAGAGUGGACUUGUUUGCUAACUAAAUAUUAUAUUAAAUGUUGAAAUGAGUGACUUCCUAUGCUGAGAAUAAUUAAUUUGAUACAAUGAGUCUGUGGAACAUUUGAGGGUUUUCAAAUAUGAAGCUAGGUCUUCUCAACUACCCAUGUAAUCUAGAGGGAAAGCAGUAGAAAGAGUGUACUGUAGAAAUGGUUGUGUAUUUAAUACUUUUUUCUUUGGAAUUGAAGCAGUUUGUUCACAGGAGAAGUAUAUAUUACUUUUCCACUAGAUUAAUAAAUUCUUAGGUCAUUACAU